AUGCGCCUCCUCGCGUCCCUCGCCGCCCUUGCGGCCUGCACCGCGUCCUCCCUCGCCCUCGCAGCCUCCAUCACCCUCUCGGUGCCCUCCUCCCCGGCCCUGCCGAAUCCCUACACCCUUCCGCCCUCGACGCGCGCGACCCUCUCGGCACUGGGCGCCUCCUUCUCCGCCCCGCUGUCGGUCAAGAACACCUUUGUCUUUACCAACGUCACCGCGCCCGGGUCGUACUUGGUCGACAUCCACUGCGUGACGCACGCCUUCGCUCCCUUACGCCUAGACGUCGCCGCUGACGGCAGCCUGUCGGCGUGGGAGACGUACCGCGGCAACGACUGGGACAACCGCGGCGAGGUGUACACGGCCAAGGACUUCGAGGGCGGCGGCAAGGGCUUCGAAGUGCGGGUCCUGGGUGGAAAGAACUACUUCAUGGAGAGGAGCAAGUUCUCGGUGCUCGCCAUCCUCAAGAACCCGAUGAUCCUCCUCGGUCUCGUCAGCAUGGGUAUCUUCCUCGGCAUGCCCUACCUCGUCGAUAACAUGGACCCCGAAAUGCGCGCCGAGUUCGAGGAGCGCCAGAAGAGCAACCCCAUGAACAGUAUUCUCGGCGGCGGCGGCGGCGAUGCCGGCGCCAGCCCUAUGGGUAACUUUGAUAUGGCCGCCUUCUUGGCGGGCACCGGUAAGAAGGAAGAGUCGUCGGGUUCCGGGUCCUCAAACGGCGGCGGCAGCGGCGGCGGAAAGAAGGAGAAGGGCGUGCGGAGGUGA